UUUGAUUUCCAGCAAGCAUCAUGCCUGAACCAGCGAAGUCCGCGCCGAAGAAAGGCUCCAAGAAGGCCGUCACUAAGACCGCCGCGAAAGGAGGAAAGAAGCGCAGAAAGUCCAGGAAGGAAAGCUACGCCAUCUACGUGUACAAAGUGCUGAAACAGGUUCAUCCUGACACCGGGAUCUCUUCGAAGGCGAUGGGCAUCAUGAACUCUUUCGUCAACGACAUCUUCGAGCGCAUCGCCGGUGAAGCGUCUCGUCUCGCUCACUACAACAAGCGCUCCACCAUCACUUCCCGAGAGAUCCAGACCGCCGUGCGUCUGCUGCUGCCCGGGGAGCUGGCCAAACACGCCGUGUCUGAGGGCACCAAGGCCGUCACCAAGUACACCAGCUCCAAGUAGAGCUCUGCUGCAGCUCUCACACACAAAGGCUCUUUUAAGAGCCACCCAGCUUAUCGAUAAAAGAGCGAGUGUUGUUAAUAUUUUAGAUUAAGUUUCAAUCCUAAAUGAAGGUGAUUUGAGCAGUGAAUUUUUGCAUGCUUUCGGGCCUUUAUUUAAACUCAGUUUAUGCUGUAUUUUCAAUACUUUGUACUAUUGCAAUUUAAUUUUGGCUUUAAUAAGUGACAUUGCGAAUGAACUUUAGAUUUAUCUCAUCAGACUUUAUUCAAUCUGUUAUUAUUGUUUAUUAGUGUGGAGCUGAGUCCUUCAGUCUGAGAUCCUUUUCUAUGUAUUUACUAACAUUUCAGAAGAUGACUGAAAUAUCCGAGAGUGAAUAGAGACAAUAAAAACAGUUUAUUACUGUACUGCAGCUUACAUGGAUCGGCUGUCAUUAAGAGAAAAGGAUAUGUUGGAAAACACUUUAUUAAAAAAAAAAAAAUGCAUAUACUGUA